GAUGGAUAUUUAUAUACGUGUUCAUCUGAUAGGACAGCAAAGAAGUUUGAUUUAAAAAAUCUAAAUAAUGUGUUGAGUUUUGUUGGUCAUCAGAAAACUUUGUCAUCUAUCCAUAUUACUAAGUUUGGAGAUGAAAAACAAGUAUUUACGUCAUCAAUGGAUGGUUGCCUUCGCUGUUUUAAUGAUCUGAAUGGUCAAUGUCUUCAAGUGGUAGAAGUCAAUUCUCCCAUUUUAUGUGUAGCAAAAGGAUGGGAUAGAUUAUAUCUAGGUUUACAUUCAGGAAAAGUUUCAGUUUUCAGUUUAACAACUAAAAGAAUAAUAGAUGUUAUUCAUUGUGCUGAAUGUGCAAUAAGUUGUAUUGCAACUGCUGCUGAAGGUGCACAGAAAAUUCUUUGCAUUGCUUCAUAUGAUACUGCUUUGACAGUGCGGGAUGCACAGUCUGGACUACUACUGAGAUGUUUAGAAGGACAAAUAAAACCACCUUGUUCUAUUCGGAUAUCAGCAAACAUAGUUUAUACGUCCACAACUGAAAGAACACUUUUAAUACAUAAUUUGUCCAGUGGUAAAUUACAAAAAGUUUUAAAUUGGCCUUCUUCUGCAACGGGCUUACAUAUUAUGCCAAAAUUUAUUUUGUCCUGUUCAUUUGAUGGUCUAGUUAGAUGCUACACAAAAGAAGUUGUCAACUUUGCAUUGUCUUGAGGUAGGGAAGAUCAUGUCUGGACAAGGGAGAACUGGAAAAGUAAGAACCCUUUUCUGUAAGAGAAUCUACAUACUGUAAGUGAGAAAAAUUUAUAAUUUCACUAACAUUUUUUAUACUUCUACGGUAUCAUCUGCAAGUGCAAGAAAAGAGUCAAUACAAUACCAAAAGAAAAUAGAACAAAUUUCAGUUUUCUUAACAAUUUUUUAAAAUGUAGAAUAAGUGAAUGUCCAUCUGUGCACAUUCCCCAUACUGUUUAGCAUUACAGAAAGCCAUCAUAUAAGCCUAUCACUGGAAAAUAUGCAUUUCAUACGAGAUGAACAAUAAAAACAUAGACAUCAUAAAUUUCCUGUGUCAAUUGUUUUCCCACCUAAGUUGUUUUUUCCUAAGUCCCGCUAAAAAUAAUAGAUUGAGAAUCCACUGUAGUAUAAAUGAAACAAAGAGAAACUGAUAUCGCACAGAUGCAAAUUGUUAAAUGAGAACUCACAAAACUGAUACGAGUCCUAGUGUUUAGUGGAAAACAAAUGAUCCAUAGUAAUAUUUUUCU